AUGAAAGCACCAGCCAGACUGCAAAGAUUACUGUUAAGGCUUCAAACAUACGACUACGAUAUCAGGUUCAAGCCAGGAAAAGACCUGAUAUUGGCGGAUGCUCUUUCCAGACUAUCCUCACAUGAUAAACAGGAGAUGGAAGGACUAAGCAUAAAGGUCCACCACAUUGUAAAUGUGACAAACACAAAGCUGGAACAAAUCAGAGAGGAGACCAGCAAAGAUGAAGAACUUCAGCUCCUUACACAGAUGGUGAUUCAGGGGUGGCCAGAAAAGAGACAUCAGGUGCAGCCCCUCAUUCGUGAAUAUUGGGCCAUCCAUGAUGAUAUAUCAGUGGAGAAUGGAAUCCUGAUGGCUGGAUCCCCAAUAAUUAUACCCAAGUCAAUGCAAAAAGAGAUUCUUGACAAGAUCCACCAAGGGCAGCUGGGAAUGGAGAAAUGCAAGCUCCGAGCCAAGUCUGCAGUAUAUUGGGUAGGCAUGUACAAAGACAUAGAAAAGAGAGUUUCUACAUGCCGCAUCUGCCAAAAGUACAGAAUCUCACAACAAAAGGAGGAAAUGAUAUCCGGUGACAUCCCAAGAAGGCCAUGGCAAACUAUUGGAGUAGAUCUAUUCACAGAGGGCCAAGAAUGGUAUUUAAUAAUGGCCUGCUACUACUCCAAAUUUCCAUUUGUGAGAAAAGUGAAAGACCUGACAGCCAAAACAAUCACUACAGUGGCUCGAGGACUCCUAGCAGAGCAAGGAAUACCAGAGCAGAUCAUAUGUGACAAUGGAACCCAGUUCACAUCACAAGAAUUCAGAAAGCUAGCCGAUGAGGCUGAAAUGUUACUCGAUCAGUACCGCAAGAAAUCUCAGCUAAACCGACAGAACAUUGUACUGAUACCUCUGGGUGAUGACUUUCGGUAUGACAAGUCCAAUGAAUGGGACCUGCAGUAUCAGAACUACAAGAAGCUGUUUGACUACAUGAACUCCCAUCCAAAAAUGAAAGUUGAUGUGAGGACUCCACUAUUAAGUUUGGAACUUUGUCUGACUAUUUCAAUGCAAUCUACAAGAAGCAUAAAAUUGCACCUGGGGAUCCUCCCCAAACAUACCUUCACUGUCAGGUGA